GCCCAGCGCCGCCGGCCGGCCGCCCGCCCCUACUGCCGUCCACCGCAUCGGGGCUGCCCGUCCCGACCUCCGCCGCGACCGUUACCUACCCUUCACCGGCGUUCCCCAACCUCCGCCGAGCGCCCUCGCCCUGCCCUGCCCUUCCCGAAUCUCGACGACUGACGGCACCGCUACGGCUCGGCGCCGGGAGAUAUGGGUUUACGUACCAGACGGACGACUGUUGCAAUGCGUAGUGGUGACGAAGAAGACUUUGACAAUGAUGGUGAUGAUGAUUACAGUGACAAAAACGAUUAUGAUUAUAUCUGCAAGUAUGACUCUAGCCACAAUCAUGGUAGUGGUGAUGACAAGAGCAGUGAUGAUUACAGCUGCACCGACGACGAUAGCAACGAUGAUGGUGAUGCUAUUGACAAUGAUGAUGAUGGUGAUGGUGGUGGUGAUGCUACUGAUAAUUUGUGUGCAAUAUGUGACAAUGGGGGGAACUUGCUAUGCUGUGAAGGAGAAUGUAAAAGGUCCUUCCAUCCGAGAGUAAAAGAUGGAAGGGAAUCUAAUUGUGAAACUCUUGGUUUAACUUCUGCACAACUACAGGAAAUUGAUCAUUAUCUAUGUAAGAACUGUGAAUAUAAGCAACACCAGUGUUUCAGUUGUGGAGAUCUUGAGCCAUCUGAUGGGCCAAAUGCUAAGGUGUUCCAAUGCUACAAAGCAUCUUGUGGGCACUUCUACCACCCCACUUGUAUUGCCAAAUUACUUGAGCCUGAUGAUACUGAUGGAGCUCGCGAGUUGGAAAAGAGGAUUGCUGCUGGGAUGUUAUUUACAUGUCCUGCACAUUGGUGCUCAGAAUGUAGAGCAAUGGAAGAUAGUAAUCAACCAGAACUUUGGCUUGCGGCCUGCAGGCGCUGUCCAGUGUCAUAUCACGAACAAUGUUUCCCAAGAAGCAUUUCCUUUGAGAGAAAGCGUGGCACAAGUGUACGCGCUUGGCACCUGGGUGAUAGAAUUAUCAUUUACUGCGGACGCCAUGAACUAGAAGCCGCUCUUGGAGCACCCAGCAGAGACCAUAUAAAGUUACCAUCUAGUACAAAAAUGGAUACUGUUGGAACACAUUGCAUGGGCCAAAUAAAGUCAACUGCCGUUCCAAAAAUUCAUAGAACAAGAAAUCUUGCUAAGAAGAAAACAAAAGUGACUGAUAAAAGGGAAAUGAGCACCGAUCGAGGUUCAACAGGAACUGCAGAGUUGUCAAACAAGGUAUGUCGAGAAGAAGUCGACCAGAUCCAAACAUUGGAUAUGAAUAACUUAAGGGAAGAUAAGAUUCCAAAUGAGCGAGGUGUCCUCGAGAAAGAGAGCAUUCGUUUAAAUCAAGCACACAGUGAUGUGCUAGAAAAGCUUAUUGUCGAGGAACAGGCUGAAGAGGAUGAAAGGAACACCAAAUCUGGAAAAGAGAUAGAAACUCGUAGUGGAGAAAAUACAUGUGUGGAAAAAGAGAAGACUCCUGAGAACAAAAGUAAUAAAUUUGGCUUAACUAACGGGCGGUUUACCUCUGGAUCUGAUGGUGACCGAGAAGUUGAUGGAAGCCAUGCCUGCCAGCAGGAGCUGAAGAGUCCUCACUGCAAUGACAAUCACAAAGCAACAGGAAUUGAUACUUCAAGUGACAAGUCAGGAAAGAGACAGAGACGGGAGGAACAGGCAACUGACGGUAACAUGUUGGACUUGGAAAGGAACAGAGAGAAGUUUCACAUGGAAACUGGAAGAGAGGCUCAUCAAAGUCCUCAGCGUCUUCAUAAUGACAGAAAACCAGAUGCUCAUCAAAGUUCUUGUUCUUCAUCAUCAAAAAAUCACCCUCUGUGUAAUGAUGAUCGGAAAUCUUCAAUGACUUCUGAAUACAAAUCCAGAGAGGGAAGAGGAUCAAGUAGAGAAAAGUGGAGGAGUAAUAUGAGAGAAAAUUCUUAUAGGGGCGAGUCACCCUUGGGGAGAAGAAAUGCUCAAAAUAGAUCAAGGAGACAUUCUCCGGGAGGGCGAAGGAUGGAGAAUCGUAACAGUCCUCAUAGAAUCAACAACCAACACAGAUAUGAGCAACAUCGACACGAUGAUUAUUUCGAACGUCGUGACAAUUAUUUCAAACGUCGUGAUGUUGAUACUGAUGGAAGGAGCUCUAGUCAUCGCAAGGAUCAUUCCAGUGAUUGUGGUAGGAGGAGGUCGAGUCAUCGUGAGGAUCAUUCCAGUGAUGGUGGUAGGAGGAGGUCGAGUCAUCGUGAGUAUCAUUCCAGUGAUGGUGGUAGGAGGAGGUCGAGUCAUCGUGAGGAUCGUUCCAGUGAUGGUGAUAGAAGGAGGUCGAGUCAUAGUGAUGAUCAUUCCGGUGAUGCUGAUAGAAGGAGGUCGAGUCAUCGUGAGGAUCAUUCCAGUGAUGGUGAUGUCGGUGGAAGGAGGUUGAGUCCCCAGCAAUCAGCACUUCCUUCUAGUAAUUUUGGUACUAGUCUCAGCCCCCCUUUAUGUCCGAGCACUGAAUGUGGUGCUAGCAGAAGGCAUGGUUCCCCUCCGUAUCAGAGAAGAUCUGAACAUGCUGCUAGUGGAAGCCGUGACACCUAUGUGAGGACCCCACGAGGAUCAGGCUCUGCAGACUACAAAAUGGAAAGGAGAACGGCUCCCCUUCACCACGAUGCGCCCAUUGUCGAGUAUGACGAGCACACCGGUCUUGGUGUCCGUGGGCACCCCGCGGUGGGCAUUCCUCCCGUCAAUACAUAUUCUAUCCGAGGUGACUCUCCUGGUGCAUAUGGACCUGAAACAGAUGCCGGCGUGGGCGAACGAAAAACAUCCCGUGGUGGGCGUUUCGGCGAUCAUGGAGUGAGGCCAGAUUAUGCACGAAGCAACAGCAUGAGUUCGGAGGAUAGGGCUUUUGCUGCAGGGUCCGUUACAGAUAGGUAUGGCCUGCACCUCGAUCGAACAAACCACCCAAGAAGAGUUGACGGUUAUCUGCCGGAUUACCCCAUAUGGUAGGUUACUGCUGUUGUGAUUCUCGUGUUGCCAGUCCCAGUCAGCCUAUGAAAAACCCUGCAGGAAACCAACAGUCAAACCUCAAUUAGCCGUGAAGCGAAACGGAUACGUCGAUCCUUAGUUUGUCAGAGUGGUUGGACAGCAACCUUUGACCCAAGGUGGCGUCAGCAUACCUUAACGAGUGUGUUUGAUGUUCGCCUCAGAUCUUGCUACUUGUCUAUUAACAGAAAUGAUCUGCUUAGUUUGGGUUCGGUUGCUGGAGUGUGCUUGUUUUGUAAUCUGGUGUGCCCACAGAAGUAAGCAGAAGUGGUUCAGACAAAAAGAGCACCGAGCAAAUGGGAGUAGAAUCCACUGAAUGUCAAUGGCAGCCUAAGCCUUUGGUGGUCUUUUCUAUUGAUGUGUAGUUGGUGUGGGUUAAACUGCAGUUGUUCCAAACUUUUUGUUUGAGAGAUUGUUCCAAAUUUGUAUGUACUCCAGACGUGUGGGUUUCUUCAGUUAGAUAUGCUAGAGUUGUAGUGUGCCGGCCUCACUGAGGGCGAUGUGUUCAUGUUUGUAAGAUAGUGAAUGGUUGAUCCGUUGAAUCUGCGACUGUGAUUGGUACCGUUUUUCUCAGGAUGCUAAAUCAAAAUUUGAUGUGAA